UGGAGCUAUGGCGGCGCUGGGCAGACUGGGAAGAUGUUGCAGGUCGUUGCUGCACGAUUCACCCAAAGGACUCCUCUGUGACCUCAGGAGGUUAGGCAGGAUGGAUCGCACUAUAGGACCAAAAAGGAAUCUAUUAUCAGAGGAUGUUGUAAAACUACAAGAUUUUCAGCAGAGGAAGCUUUCUGUGGCUCAUCUCAUCACGGGGCCAGAAGGAAGCUAUGUUGAGGUUUUCCAUCAUAAACUUCAGAGGAAUGAGCUGAUACUUAAAGAUGAACUGAGGCUGCUGCUUCACUUGUGCCAAUCUGUGGGUGACAUGGUCACAGCCAAAGAUGCUAUUUAUAGGUAUCACGCAGAAAACAAAAACUUUGCUUUUGGAGAGUUUAAAUUUGGUCCCCUCUUCAUGAGACUCUGUUACGAGAUGGAUUUGGAGGAGAUGGCUGCUGCUACUAUUACAGAUAAGAACCUGACAGGGUUCUUCAACGACGCUACCUCCUUCAACAUCGCCGUCGACAUGUUGUUCACCAAAGGCUGUUAUAAGGAUGCCAUGGAGAUACUGAGAGAGAUGAAGAGCCAGGGGGUGGCAUUCAAUAAGGACACAUAUAUGCUUGCUUUUGCUAUCUGCUAUAAACUGAAUACUCCAGAUUCUUUUAAGACUUGCACUACUCUGAUAGAAGAGGGCCAGGCCAAGGAUCGCUCCAUCUCCCGGCAUGCAUACUGCUUUGCUGUGGCACUAGCCCUUCGACAGAAUGACCCUCAGAAGGCACAAUCUUUAUUUUCACAAAUCACGAAUGCGGAGAGCAGACUGUGUCAAAACUUGAAGGUCUUUAUGCUGGCGAUGUCCGGAGCCGUGACAGGAGCCUACUCUGUGCUUUCUGCGGCCAUUGCACCAAAAACGCCUUUUGUGAAGAAGCUGGAGUUCGCCAAGGAAGUGAUUGAGCUUCUACGCUUGCGGAGUGAAGAUGGACCCCACCAGCUGAGGGUGGAGCAGAUGGUGUCAGCCCUCCAGAAGAACGGUCAGGUGACACAGCGCAGUCUGGAUGACAUGCUGUGUCACACACCACCAGGGAGGAGAAAGUCUCUCCCCGUGGUGGAGGACAGGAGAGUGAGCCGGCGGACUCUUAGGCCCUUACAGUCCACUCUGCUGUUGGAGUGAUGGCAGUGUUUUUUCUUAUAUAUAUUAUGUAUUCUUUAUCGAUUUGUUUGAACAAUUGGCCAAUUUUACUUUGGCUGUUUGAACCCUACCCAUCUAGUCCCAUACCUCUCCAAAAGAGGUUGACCUACAUCUCUCCUUAUUUGUUAGAUGAUUUUGUCAUUAAUAUUGGCAGGGACAAUUAUUGAAAAACAUUUACAGAAAUGUUAAUAAAAAGAUAUGAGAUCGUUAUUAACAAAA